GCCCCUGCCAUCCUGCGCGUUUUUGCAGUCACCUCGAUUCCGCUCCUUCCUCAGCCGCCGCCGGGGCCUGGGCCGCGGACUCAGAGUCCGGGGUGAGUCGGGGCGGACGGAGUGGCCCUCAUUUCCGGGCUUCAGGGAGGGGGCGGGGGGACGGGGCUCGGCCCCCUCCCCUGCGAGUGCGCAGUCCGAGCCUGCAGGUCCCGCCCCCUCGGCGAGCGUGCGCGCUCAUUGGUCAGCGCCUUCUUUCCCUACGCCCCCCUCUGCGUCCUUGCGGCGCUCCACGCCUUCCGGGGCUGCGUGGGGCCCUGCCUUACUUCCCUGAGGCGCGCUUCCCUUAGUGCGGCAUUCAAGGCCGGAGCAUCCUGGGCAAAGGGGUGAAGGCGGGACAGGCAAGGUCUCCUUGAGGCGGGGCAGGGCCAGGAGAAAGAUGCCUUCUGCCCCUCCUCCUCCACCACCUGACCCAGGCCGAGUGACCCCACUCCAGCCCCCCCCCGCAGCGCCACUCCCACUUACGUGGUACCCUCCCCGCCCCUUGGGAAGGCGGCGAUGACGUCAGCGACACGUGCCACCCACCCAACCCCUUGAGCCCUUGUAGCAGGACUGCCAGGAGGGGCGUCUGGUCAGGGCCAGUCUGCACGGUCCGGCACCAGGCCCUCCCUCUAUCCUCGUCCUCUGUGGCCUCUGCAGCCUUGGACCCUGGGUCACUUCUUCCUCCCCAUACUUCUUUCUCCGGGUUCUCUUCUGCCUUUGACCACCAGAUCCUCCUCUGUCUCCAUCCUCCAGACCACGCCGCCUCACCCUGGGGUCCCUCAGGGCCCAUUGCUCUUCUCCCUCUGUCCUACUUCCCCCGGUGGCCCAUCAGCUCCCACGGGCUUAAUGACCAUCCCUGGCUGGUGACCCCCAGAUUUCCCCAUCCUGGCCCGGCCUCACUGCUGACCUCUGUCUGGCGUCUAUGGGUACCCACUGCACGUGCUAAACUGGACAGGUCCAGAGCAGACCUCGUAGUCUUUCCACGGACCUUCCAAAUCCCGUGCUCUCAUCCCCCGGGCUCCCAGAAGCAGGUCUUCCUGGGUGGCUCACUCCUGUCCAUUUUGCCUUUGCUAAUCCUCCAGCGUGCCCCCGUCUCCCCUCUGAUGCCGCCACCUCCCCUUCCCAGGUGCAGGGCCUCGUCCCCUCAUGCCUGGCCUAGGGCCCUAGCUGCCCAUCCCCCUCCAUUGCGCACCCUGUCCAGCCUGGUCACCCACACACACGUACAGUUAGGCUCUGUGUGGCAUUCAAAGCCCCUAUUAACAUGCCCUCUCUUGCCUUUCCAGUCUUCCAUUGAGUGACCCCGGGCUCUAGGCUGUUACGUGAGCAAGACCCUCCAUCCCUGGGCUCUGGGCACGAUUUCUGGCUGUCCCCGUGCCUAGAACAUUUUCCUUCCUGCACUCGACUGCUGACUUUCCACAGGGGGCCUUCCCUCUGUUCGUUAUGUCCUAAUUAUGCUGUACAUAGCCUGCUUUGGAUGUUGCUGCCUUGUGUACUGUGUACAGGUUGGCCUUCGAAGGACUGUACUUUUCCCAAAGUAAAGGGAGGCUUGAGGACAGAAUGGCCUCGGGGCCCCUGACAGCCUGGGCCCAGCAGGGGUCAGUGACCUUCCAGGACGUGGCCGUGGACUUCUCCUGGGAGGAGUGGGGGCACCUGGGCCCCACCCAGAAGGAACUGUACCGGGAGGUGAUGCUGGAGAACUACGGGAACCUGGUGUGCCUAGGGCUUGCUGUUUCCAGUCCAGAUGUCGUCUGCCAGCUGGAGAGAGGGGAAGGACCUUGGAUGCCCGAGGGAGACGCGCCAGGGAGCAGCCGUGCAGGAUCUUCAAAACAUGACAAAACUCCUUACAGGCCCUCUCAUAAGAUUCCCUCUGUGAGCCCUGAUGUUGAUGGGAUUCUGAAGGGGCAUGCGUAUCAUCUCUCCAUAUUGGAAUUUUGGGAAACUAGACUUGAAACUAAGGAGUCAGCUUCACAUCUGAGACCUCUGACGCAAGAACCAUCCCAGGAAAGACUUGAAAGAGAUAAUCCCUGUGCUUUCAGUUGGGGAGAAGCCUGGAAAUGUGGUACUCAUUUAGAGAGGCAGCAGGACAGUGAGAAGAGUGUCCCUAAAUACGAUAUAUAUAGAGAGAGCAAGUAUAAUGAAUGUGGGAAAUCCUUUAAUUAUAUAUCAGACCUCAUGGAGUAUGAGCCAGUUCAUGUUGGAAAGAAAUGUUAUGAAUAUGAGGAAUAUGGGAAGGCCUUCUCCAGGAACUCACAGUUUAUUGAACAUAAGAAAGUUCAUACUGGAGAGAAGCUUUGCAGAUGUAAAAUCUGUGGGAAGGCCUUCUGCCAGUGCUCAAAGCUUGAUCGACAUCAGAUGAUUCAUACUAGAGAAAAAGCUUACGUACGCAGUGACUAUGAGAAAGGCUUACACCAGAGAGCAGCCCUUAUUCAGCAUCAAACUAUUCAUUCUGGAAAGAAACCUUAUGAAUACAAUGACUCUGGGAAAAUCUUCAGCUCAAGAUUUAUAGGACAUCAACGAAUUCAUACUGGAGAGAAGCCUUAUGAAUGUAUUGACUGUGGAAAGACUUUCCAUCAUAGAACAGGACUUACUGAACAUCAGAGAAUUCAUAGUGGGGAGAGAGCUUAUGAAUGUUAUGAAUGUGGGAAAGCCUUCUGCCAGAAACCAGGACUUAUUCAGCAUCAGAGAAUUCAUACUGGAGAGAAACCUUAUGAGUGUAAGGAAUGUGGAAAGGCCUUCUGUAGGAAUUCACAGCUUACUGAACAUAAGAGAAUCCAUACUGGAGAGAAACCUUAUGAAUGCAGUGAAUGUGGAAAGGUCUUCCGACAGCGCUCAAAGCUUACUAGACAUCAGAUAAUUCAUACCAGAGAGAAAAUUUACAUAUGUUGUGACUGUGGGAAAGCCUUCCACCAAAGCUCAGCACUUAUUCAGCAUCAGACAAUUCAUACUGGAGAAAAACCUUAUGAAUGUCAGGAAUGUGGGAAAGCCUUUAGCCUGAGCACACGAUUAUUUAUACAUCAGCGAAUUCAUACUGGAGAGAAACCUUAUGAAUGUAUGAACUGUGGGAAGGCCUUCCAUCAUAGAACAGGACUUACUGAACAUCAGAGAAUUCAUACUGGAGAGAGAGCUUAUGAAUGUUACGAAUGUGGGAAAGCCUUCUGUCAGAGAGCAGGACUUACUCAGCAUCAGAGAAUUCAUACCAGAGAGAAACCUCAUGAAUGUAAGGAAUGUGGGAAGACUUUUUGCCAGAGAAUAGGACUUACUCAACAUGAGAGAAUUCAUACUGGAGAGAAACCUUAUGAAUGUAAUGAAUGUGGGAAGGCCUUCCGAGUGAGAACACAGCUUACUCAACAUCAGAUUAUUCAUACUGGAGAGAAACCUUAUGAAUGUAAUGAAUGUGGGAAGACUUUCUGUCAGAGCUCACAGCUUACUAGACAUCAGAUAAUUCAUACUGGAGAGAAACCAUAUGAAUGCAAUGAAUGUGGGAAGGCCUUCCGCCGAAGUGCUGGGCUUAGUCGACACCAGACAAUUCAUACUGGAGAAAAGCCUUUUGAAUGUAAAGAAUGUGGGAAGGCCUUUAGGCUUAGCACAGCACUUACAGAACAUCAGAGAAUUCACACUGGAGAGAAACCUUUUGAAUGUAACGAAUGUGGAAAAGCCUUCCGUCUAAGCAUAGGACUUACUGAGCAUCAGAGAAAUCAUACGGGAGAGAAACCAUAUGAAUGCAUUGAGUGUGGGAAAGCCUUUAGCCAGAGUACACAGCUUAAUCGGCAUCAGAGAAUUCAUACUGGAGAGAAACCAUAUGAAUGCAAUGAAUGUGGGAAGGCCUUUGGCCAAAGGUCACAUCUUACUCAACAUCAGACAGUUCAUACUGGAGAGAAGCCUUAUGAAUGUAACGAAUGUGGAAAAGCUUUUAGUCGAAGUACAGGGCUUACUGGACAUUUGAGAAUUCAUACUGGAGAGAAACCCUAUGAGUGCGAUGAAUGUGGGAAGACCUUCCGCCUAAAGACAGGACUUGCAGAACACCAGAGAAUUCACACUGGAGAGAAACCUUAUCAGUGUAAUGAAUGUGGAAAUAACUUUCGCCUGAGCAAACAGCUUACUCAGCAUUACAGAAUUCAAACUGGGGAGACACCUUAUGAAGAGAGAAACAGCUCGGCCCUUAACCCUCUAAAGUCAUCUUUGAGGGGGACAAUUUGUGGAGAAAGCCACCACUGGGUAGGUAAGCCCGGGAGACCCAGGAGUAUCAGUGCCUCCCAGACCACCUGUCCUGCUUCCAGCCUGCCCCCAUAGCCGUUGUCCAGGUGGCCAACCUCUGCAGAGGAGACCUACCAUCCCCCAAAAGUACUAACUGCCACCCACAGGGCAGACAAGCUAGUCUGGAACAGCAAAAAUGUCCUUUGGAAGAGUAUGUGCUGUGUGGGUCAAGCCACUGCCACCAUUUUGACCAGACACAAGUGAAGACUGCCCAGAACCAGCUUGGUCAGACACGGAGAGGCCAAGGUCAUCCUUGCCAUCCUGAGCCAUCACCAGGCGUCCUGACUUUUGUCCUGCCACUGGACUCCAGUGACUAGAAGAGAGUGCGGCCGAUGAUUUUGUGUAAUCCUGUGUCACUUAAAUCCAAUUCACAUGAGUCAAGACAUCACCGUGUGAUGUCAUUGAUCCUCUUCAAAAACAAAAGACAGACAACAAUUCCACUAUUUUACUCUUUCAUUGCUUAUUGUUUUACUGUGCUGCUGUGUUACCUACCUUGAAUUCCUGUGACAGCCAGCUGUGAUGAAGCAGCAAAUGUGAAUACACAGACAGCUGUAGUCACACCCUCCAUGUGCACAGGUGGCUGGGCCAUCGGGCCAUCUUCUCAUCGGACUGAAGCCUUGGUGGAAUUCAGAAGCCCCCUGGGUGUCUGAGCAGCAUUCUUAAGAACCACGCUGUUCACUCCUGGUGUGAGAAAAGGGCUAGAGAAGAUUGAUCACUCUACCUAACCCCAGCCUGCUGCCUGCAGCAAGUGGGGCUUCCAUCCAGACAGCCUUCUGCACAUGUAUCGAUAUGAUCAGCCACAGUCGGACACACUGGGCAUGAGCCCAGACAUUGAGAUGUCGUUCUGGUCCUCUUCGAGCAUGAAGGACGAACAAGUAUCUGAGGUCAGAUUUGAACUCAUGAAGAUAAACCUUCUGACUUCAGCCCUGGCACUUUAUCCACUGCACCCCCUAGCUGCCCAAGUCUCCUGAACUAAUGCUGUCCUACAAUAUUUUCCACACAUUAAGGAACAUUCUUGUAUUUAUUGCUAUUUCAUGACUGUUCAUCUUGUCUCUCCGACCAGACUGUAAACUCCUUAACCCCAAAGACUACAUCAUGUUCCUUCUGCGGGCCCUAACAUAAUAUAGUAGGCUCUCAAGACAUUCUCUAUUAAUUUGGGGGGAAAUUGUGCUGCUGUGAAUAUUUUUAUAUUUUCUUUUCUAUUUUUAAUAACUUACUCAGAGGUAUAAACUCAGUAGUCAGGUUGCUGAGUCAGAAUGUAUGAACAGUUUUAUAAUUUGUCUUUCAUGAUUCCAAAUUGUUUCCCAAAAUAUUUGCAACAGCUCAGAACUCUGCCAGCAGUGAAAUACUGUUUUCCCAUCUCCCAACUUUUUCAUCUUUCAUCAUAUGUUGAUUUCAGGGCCACUUUAAUUUAUCAGUUAUUUUCAGCACAUAUUGUUUUCCCAUCUCCCAACUUUUUCAUCUUUCAUCAUAUGUUGAUUUCAGGGCCACUUUAAUUUAUCAGUUAUUUUCAGCACAUAUUUAAGUGGUAGUUGGUAAUUUGCGUUCCUUUUGGAGAGGGGACAGAAACAAUGGGGAAUCUUGCAAUUUUGUGUCAGGUUUUUAUAGGAAAGAUUUUACAAAAAGAUUUUCCUCUUAAUUUAUGUCUUUUCAU